CAAGAUGCCCAGCUCGUGCAAAGAACUGCGCGAGGCCCUCGCCCAGUGUCUCCAGGAAUCAGACUGCGUCAUGGUCCAACGCAACAGCGCCGCCGACUGCCUCCGCGAACCCCUCGUCGACACCCUCCCCCUCAAGUGCCGUCAGCUCAAGAAGGGCUUUGGCGAGUGUAAACGCGGCAUGGUUGAUAUGCGCAAGCGGUUUCGUGGCAACAUGCCCGUCGCCUACCGUACAAUGGAGCAGGCCGAGGAGGGUAAGGGAUAUCAGCUGUACGCCGGACGUCCCGCCUUUGCGGGCGGUGUCAAGGAGACGGACGGUAACGAGCCUAUACCAAAGGAUUGGCGGGAGAUUGAGAAUGAAAAGUACAAGGCCGAGCAGGAGCAGCAGCGGCAACAACAACAGCAGCAGAAGAAGUAAAACAGGCGGAGAAACACGUUGACCCUGAUACUGAGCCGGCGGAGGGCAAUUGAGUGAGGAUUUCGAUGGUCAUGAUGAUCACAAAGGGAACUACCCUUUGCUGCUGGCCCGGAGAGCGGUGGCAUUGAGAGUUGGGGCUUGGAAACAGCCUCCUCAUACAAGGCCCGACCCGGCGUCUCCGGAGCAUCCGCACGCAGGCACAUAUUAAUCUGCGGCUCACCGUGAUGACGGACGGACGGACAACAAACCGUCCCUACUUCCCUCCCUCCUCCUCACAUGUUGUACAAUAUUUGUAUCUUGCAUCUCAGAUCGCUGAGAUUGUUCAUUAUCAUGUAGUCCGUAUCACACAUGACCCAAUCAAGGAGGUUGGAUCUGGCAACACAGUACAAAUUGCAAGACAAA